AAAUAAAAAAAAGAUAGAAAUAAUUUUUAUUUACUUUUGGCCUAGAUCUAAUUAAGCUUACUGUAGUAAGAACCAAGAAUAUGACAGAUAAUCAAGGUCAAGGUGUGAGUGCUUUCCCUUCGCCUCCCAUGCAGUAUAUUAAUGUUUAUACUGAUGAAAAUAUUAAAAGAGGCAGGGCACCAUUGCCACCCCCUCCAAUCUCUGAUAAUUAUAUGAUGUUUGGUGCUCAGUUUACUGCAGAUGAUGCUAUUAUUAGACCAUUGGAAGCUUCAAACUGUCGACGUUUGUAUCCAAACAAUUAUGAUCGGAAACGAGAAUUAAAAAAAAUCAACCAUUCCAUACUCAUCAAUUUUCUUGAUUUAUUGGAAGUUUUAAUUCAAUCCCCAGAAUCAUCCAAAAGACAAGAAAAAAUUGAGGAUAUGCAGAUUCUGUUUAUUAAUAUGCAUCAUUUAAUCAAUGAAUUUCGUCCUCAUCAAGCUCGUGAAACACUCAGGGUGAUGAUGGAAAUUCAGAAAAAGAAAAGAUUAGAAAUUGCAGACUGUUUCCAAAAGCAUUUAGAUAAAGUCAAAGAACUUAUUGAAGGAUCAGUGAAUGCUUUACCAGAAGAUAUGGAUUCCAAAGUUUUAGUAACUAGUGAACUGUUACAAACUAAGGUUGUAAAAGCGGAACCUCAGUCCUCAUAUGAAAAUUGUGACCGUUUGGAUGAAAUGAUGACAGACAUAGUAGAUGGUAUGAGUUAGUGAUACAAAACUUGAUAUCAAAAAGGGUUUUAGCAUAUGUUUUGAUCUGGAUGUCUGUGUGCGGAAAAAAUGGGCACUGAUGACAAGACAGGCAAAUAUUGUUUUGCCAUAUUGGUAAAUGAGGAGUCUUAUAUCAACUUUUGUAUAUACAGUCAAGUAGCCUAAUUUCUUGCUAACAUAUUUUUCGUGCAUCUCCGGAAAUGAUUAGUAAUUUACAUGUGCAACCUUGCAAGACCUCUGCAUUUGCUUGUUUUGAUAAACAUGGGUUAUCUCUACAAUAUCAGCUAGUAGAAUGAAUCCGGUAAUUUCAUGCAAGGUAAAAUGUAUUAUUAUUGAUAAAUACAAAAUAGAGGGUUUCAGUUAUUACCAAACGUCACAAUUUUUUAUUGGCCGAAAUUCCUUAUAAUCCUUUGCUGUAAUCAAAAUUCCAAGUGUCAUCUGCUAGAAUGCAGUCCAACGAAUGAAGUCAUGUGAUCAACUAGCGGAUUCUGUGUCAAUGGUUCUACACAAUGUGGGCCAUAUUCUUAUGUUGUUUCCAUGACUUUUAGCAAUAAAUCACGCUACUUAUCAUAUUUUGUCAGUCACUAUUUUUUUUUAAAAUCAUCGUUCUUUGAAGGAAUUGUCAUUAGUUAUAAUGAAAUAUUAUUAAAGAUAAAU